GUGGACGUAUCAAUCGCUGGCGACGUGGAAACAUGGAGGAGUGAAGCAGAAAUCGGGAGCCAUCGGUGGUAUUGAAAUUAGUUAAUAAUUACCAGACAACGUCCCGUCGAUAUAAAAGUUGGAGAAGAGUCGCUGAACAUCCGGGUAAAGAACACUCAUCAGGAAAGGGUGUCACUGACAUCAGUCAGUGAAAUCAUUUUAGAGGGUCCGGCUCUGUGCGAGAUGAGGCUCUGAGGAGGGUUGCACAGGAUCAGGAGAUGGGAGCCAACACCAGCCAGGUCAGCGACCUGUCGGAGAACGAGAGCCUCAGAACCCUGAUAGGAACUGAGUCCAUAUCUGAGAAUGACCCUUUCUGGAACCAGCUCAUCUCUUUCACCUUCACCAGUCCCACCAACAGUGGGGACUCAAAACUUUUGGAAGAAGCCGUCAUCCCGCUUGCCAAAACCUUCAUCGAGAACAAUCCCAGAACAGGAAACUUUGGAGCCCUUGUGAGAGUUUUCCUCGGACGCACCAAAGAGUUGAAAAUAUCCACAGAAUGCCAGGAUCAGCUGUUCAUCUGGCAGGCCCACAAUGCCCUCUUCAUGAUCCGCUGCCUGCUCAAAGUGUUCAUCAGAGAGAUGAGCGAGGACGAGCUGCAGUUACAGUUCUCCUACCAGGAGAGGGCGCCAGGCUCUUGCGAGUCCGGGGCCGAAGACCUUCUGGAGGAGGUGAUCUGCAACCUGGUGCAUCUGAUCGUGGAGGUGCCCCUGCUGGACAUCACCUACAGCAUACUGUUUGAGGCUGUCACCUCGCUCCUCGUCCUCCUGUCCUACCAGCUCCUCCGCAAGGAGAUCCUGAGGGAGGGGCUUGUCUACAAGCACCUGAUGCACGGGAGAUGUUUGGCCCUCACCAGCCGAUUGGUUAAGACCCUGCUUUACAACUUCAUCAGACAGGAGAAGUGCCCGCCCCCAGUCACCCACAUAUUUGAACCCCAAUCUGAGGGAGGAGGGCUACUGUACGGGCUUGCCUCUGGAGUAGCAAGUGGGCUGUGGACUGUGUUUACGCUGGGCGGGGCCGGGAGCAAGCCAAACCCGGACCAAGAGCAGCAGCCGCUGCCGCUGUCCAAUCAGAGCCUUUUGCUUCUGCUGGUGCUGGCCAACCUGACAGAUGGGCCGGACUGCCCCAACCCCUACAGACAGGCCAUCACUUCCUUUAAGAACACGCAGGAUACAUCCUCCAUCCCAUCGCCACACCCUCACACCUUCCAGAUCAACUUCAACAGCCUGUACACGGCCCUGUGCGACCAGCAACGGUCGGACCAGGCCACCCUGCUGCUCUACACGCUGCUGCACCAAAACACCAACGUGCGCACGUACAUGCUGUCGCGCACCGACAUGGAGAACCUGGUCAUGCCUAUCCUGGAAAUCCUGUAUCACGUGGAGGACAGGAACUCCCACCAUGUCUACAUGGCCCUCAUCAUCCUCCUCAUCCUCACUGAGGAUGACACCUUCAAUCGCUCCAUUCAUGAAGUGAUUUUGAAGAACAUAACCUGGUACACUGAGCGAAGUCUGACAGAGAUUUCUCUCGGAAGCCUGCUGAUCCUGGUGGUAAUCCGGACUAUCCAGUUCAACAUGACCCGGACACGGGACAAAUACCUCCACACUAACUGCUUGGCAGCUCUGGCCAACAUGUCGGCACAGUUCCGAUGCCUGCACCAGUAUGCAGCUCAGAGGAUCAUCAGUUACACCAGCCGCCACAUGCGGAGGUACUUGUUUGUGCUGGACAAUAUGUAUUUCCCUCGGUCCAGCUGCAGUCUGCUGGAGCACUGGCUGGUCACCAUGGGAGACGCAGGGGAGGAGAUUGUGCACUUGACUUGCUCGUUCAUUCUCAGGUCCUAUGCUUCCAGCCUGUUUGCACUGCUGUCCAAGAAGCACAACAAGGUUCUAGAGCAGGCUACGCAGUCGCUGAGGGGACCGCUGGGGUCAGACAACAGCGCCGCCCUGCCUGACUAUGCUCAAGAUCUGAACGUGAUUGAGGAGGUCAUCCGUAUGAUGCUUGAGAUAAUCAACUCCUGCCUGUCCAACUCCCUGCACCACAACCCCAACCUGGUCUAUGCCCUGCUAUACAAGAGGGAGCUCUUUGAGCAGUUUCGCUCUCACCCGUCUUUCCAAGACAUCAUGCAGAACCUUGACACGGUGAUAGGAUUCUUCAGUGCUCGUCUGGAGCAGGCAGGAACAGACCUGUCUGUGGAGCGGGUUCAAGAGGUCAUCAAGAAAGGAGCUGUGGCCCUGCCCAAAGACCGCCUCAAGAAGUUUCCAGAGCUGAAGUUCAAAUAUGUGGAGGAGGACCAGCCCGAAGAUUUCUUCAUCCCAUAUGUCUGGUCUCUCGUCUUCAACUCCGGGGUGGGCCUUCACUGGAGCCCACAGGGUAUUGAGCUCUUCAGUAUGGACUCUGGCUGAGUGUGUCUGUGUAUGUAUCCAUCUGCUUGUGUGUGCACUUGCUUAUGUGUAUGGCCAUGUGUCAGCAGAUCUGCACUCUGGUGAUAUCUGUGCAUGAGUGUACACAUUUGUGCAUCUACAAGUGUGCGUGUGCGUGUGUAAGAGAGAUAUAGAAGCGUGUCUGUAAGUAGCUUUGGAAGUGCCUCCAUCCAAACCCAACAGAGGAGUUUCUGGUCAUUCUGUUUGUGUUCUGUUUGUCUUCCUUCAAAGCGCUACUGCGCAGUUUUUCCUGUACAUAUCGAAGACUGUCCCACGCGCUUUCUUGGUUUUGGCUGUUAUCAGCAGAAAGUUUGUAAAGUAAAGGCACCUCCACUGCUGUAGCAUUGGGAUUUGAGGGUAGAGAAACGUGCAGCCGCACUGAAUUAUGGGUACAAUGUAAUAACAUGGCGACGGCUAAAUCAGUAUUUUAAAAGCUUUUCUUCCCUGCUUUCAUGGAGCCCGAUUGUAGAAAACUGCUCCAGAUAUUCAAUUGAGAAAUUAUUUGGGUUUCUUCCUAACCUGUAGACAGGAUUUGUUUCCAAAAGGUCCCCAAAAAAGGGGAUGUACAUAAGACAGAAAAAAAACAUUUCUGUCAGCAGAACUCCUUUCACAAGAUUGCCUCUGAAGGUCUUGACGUUGUUCUCCUCCGUUCCCCACAUAAAAAGUGCUACAAAAUUGUUUUGGUAUUUUGGUUUAAUGGAGAGAGAAAUGAAAUUCAAGCCCAGCCUUUCCAGGACUGGAUUCAUUUGUAAAGCAGCUCAUUUGUACGACACAACUCAAGGGCAAAUUUCAUCAUUAUUGCAUGGCUGCGAACCAAAACAUACACAUUGUACUGUUGCAUGCUAGCUAAAACAAGUCAGCCCAAUGUUUUGAUGUGCACAAUCUUUUUUUUUUUUCCCCCACUCUGUUUAAAAAUUUUAUCUGAUUUUUUUUAUUUUAUUUAUUUAUUUAUUUCCACUUAGGAGUUGUGAUGUUAGAACCCCAAAUAAACAUUUCGGAUUCCAUCAGUAGAACCAACUAGAAUUGGCUUUUCCGCAUAGAACUUCAUUUGAGUUUAUGACUUUUAGGACACAAUAGGAUGAUUUGUAGCAACUGGGAAGUGUGGAUUUUUUUUAAAACCAAUAGGAGGGCAGACAAAUGUGUACAAAAUGUACAUUUGAUGGUUACCUACACAUUUAACAUUAAAGUGAUCCAAUUACCAUAUAGUUCAGGGAUUGCAUGAAUGUUUAGACAAUUACAAACAGCAUGUUUGUUGCAUUAUCCCAUUUCUUCUUCCCAGACAAUCUGGAAAGAAGACAUUCUUUGUGAUUUUGGAUAUUUUCUUAUGUCUUGUUUUACUUAAAAAGAAAAAGAGGGAUGUGGUGCAUUUAUUGUAUACAUUGUACAAUAUGAUAUGUAUGCAUUGCCUUAGCUAAAAAUAUGAGGCUUGAGGUGCUGUUAAGGGGAAAGGGGUUGCAGUUUCUUUUCCCUGCAGGCUAUAUUCUGAUACUGGGUUGCAAACAUUACUGUUACACAACAGAUCCCUGCACAAAUACUAUGGAGUAAAAUGCUUUUCUUACCAAUUUCUUAUUUGGUGGUGUGUUUAUGGACUGAGAUAAAAAGAUGUUUUAUUUAUUUUACAAGCUCAUAUGCAGCUGAAGAAAGGCUGAAGGAAGGCUUUGCAUGUACAGACAUAACUCUGGAAUGUUACUUUACUCUCAGGUAACAAAAUGACACAAAAUAAUAUAUUUUACAAAUUAAAAAGACUAGGCUUAAAUUUGAGAAUAUGAGAAUAUCUUCCCCAAAGCCUCUUCCUGCUUACAAUACAAUGGUUAUCUUCCCCUCUGUGUAAACCUAUAUCAAUAAAAAAUUAAAAAACCAAUAAGAAAAAUGUGUAUGAUAACCGAUUCUUAUCCCAAUAUUACACAGAGAAUUGUGUUUGUUGUUUGGCAAACAUGGCCUUGAAAAACGUACACGUGAAGACAUUUGCACAGAAUAGUGGUUUCUAACAAGUGAAAUUAACUAAACUCAUAACUGCAAUACAAAGACUUGCAAGUUCAAAGAAAGGAAAGCUUAGAACCUGGGAAAAUAUACAUAUUUUUUUUAUUUGAAGCCUCCCAUGGCACUUGAAGUAUUAGGUGCUUUAGACACUUUGAAGAUGGCAAAUUUUUUGUUUUGAGGGAUCAUUCCACCUCACCUAUCAUAGUCUUGCACCACAGGUGGCUACCUGUGCUGAAUCUCCCUUUGACUUCUGGGUAAUGUAGUUGGAACAAAGCUUUCCCCUGCCAGAUGUUUGAUGCUGUAGCUGUGACCUGAACACUAGCUAUGACAGACUUCAUUCAGUUAUUAAAAAUCAGCUACAAGGGCAAGGCAGAUAUACUGUAGUUGGUGUUUUUGAGGAAUGGCCAGACAUACAAGCACUGACUAAACACCUGUGUUUGCAUUCAAAGAAGUUUUAAAGCACAUUAUGCUCAAGGUUGAGUCUGUGAAAUACAGUAUAUAUUUGGCUGUACCACAGUUGAAUGAAUAACUCCCUGUCUUAUUUUAAUGCUGUGGUUAAGGAAGAAUAACUGGUUUAUAUUUAAUCUUGGAAUGCUUUCAGUUAAAAUUCAAUGUAAAUAGGUUUAAAGACAGUUGAAGUUAUCUUUGGUAUUGAUUUUUUUUUAAACAUGAGUUAUAGGAGAACUAAUUUUUGGUCUUGUAAGGCUUAGAAGGGGUAGAAAGAUUUAGAAGUGCACAUGCUCAGUGUAGGUGUUAGUUUCCACAUUAAUUGUCACCCUUGCCCAAAGUAGACUCUGCAUUCCAGUUCCUAAGUAUGGUGACAGGCAGCACAACUGGGCUGUACAGUCGGAGAUACAGCUGUCUGUCAAAUGACACGUGAAACUAGCAACAUCUACACACAAGAAAAUAAAGACAGAACCCAAGUGUUGCUAGAGCCAUCAUUUCAGCACCACCAUCAAAUUCAACAAAUAUUUAUACAUUCAUAAGCAUGCUAUUCCUAUAAUACCUAAAGGGAACAUUGCAGUCAUUCCUUUUUCCACCUUUUCCCCUCAGUCUUCAUGGUGUUACUGGAGCAGUUUAGGGAACUGUAUUAAGGAAAUGUUGGUUUUUAAAAUGGAAAUAUGCUACAGCUAGGCAACUUACAAACUAUAUUGGCUUAAUAACUGGCUUUUAGAUUAAAUGACACUGGCAGGUCUGUGGAGAAAUAAAUGUUAUUUAAGCUUAAAAUGCCCCAAAUUAUAUAGCAUAAUCCAGUCGUAUUUAAUAAAAUCAAUUUAAGAUAAUUACUCUUGAUUAGGUGAAGGCCCUAUUGAGCUUCUUAAUUCAUUUGAGUAAAUAUCCAGUUUUAAUCUUUCCUUUAAUCCUCAGAGUGAUGUCAUAUCAAAAAUAAACGUAACUGUAUUUGUAUGCUGUUUAUGUACAAGCGUGAUUCAAGGAGUAUUGUCUCAGGAGUCACAAAUAUGAUGUGGUAUUAUACUAAGGCUAUAGAAUCAUUAGGAGUAGGUUAAAGUUGAGCUCUGGCUGGGAAACAUUGACUAUUCACGCCACAGUAACUCUGUCUGACUGAAAUAAAUGGCACUGAAAUAAAUGGCACCAUUUUUUAUCUGAA